AUGGUUGACGACAACAGCACCAAUGAAAGGGUAGAAGCUUCUGAGGGAGGACAACUUCAAAAUGAUCUUGUCCUAAGACUUGAGCGCAAGAUUUCACAAUUGGAAGAAGAGGUAUCCCACAUGCGUGAUUUGGCCAAGUUGUAUAUCUCUCUUGGAACCCGAUUUGGAGAAAACAUAAACAAUCCUCCUAACCAAACAGCCAUGCCAAACAAUCCUCCAAUCCAUAUAUCCCCACCUGAACCCACUCGUCCAAAUACCUUUCCACCACCCCACGCCCAAAAUACCCACGUUCCAUUUCACCACUAUCACCAACAUACCAAACCAACCUUCCCAGAAACAACCCCAAAUGCAAAUAUCCCAUAUACUCUUGGGAACAACAAUCCCAAUCCCAUAUACGUUGAAACUGCCCCUCUGACCCAUGACCUCCAUGAAUCAGAGUCCCAUCAAAAAGACAUCCUAAUAAAAACCCUGACUGAGAGAUUAAACAACUUGACCAACAGGGUACAACAUGUUAAAGAAAACAAGAAGUUGGGAGGAUUGAGCUAUGAGGAUCUGUGCAUGCAUCCUGAUGUAGAACUACCCGAGGGGUACAAGCUCCCAAAAUUUGAGACGUUCAAUGGCAUUGGGGAUCCCAAAACCCACCUACGAAUGUAUUGUGACAAACUUGUAGGGGUGGGGAGAGAUGAGAGGAUACUCAUGAAGUUUUUCAUGAGGAGUCUUACUGGGGAGGCCCUAUCAUGGUACAUUGAGCAAGACUCGCGGAAAUGGAUAAAAUAG